AUGUCUGCCUCAUACUACCAAUACCAGGCUCAGCCUACAAGCUCAAUGCCCAUUCGAGUUCCGACGAAGGGUGCACAUCCGGCUUUAACACCACGACAUACCCGCAACUCGUCAGCAUACAGCCAGCUAUCAGCGUCGCCGCCGGAGCGGCCGGAGAGCGUAUCGACGUCUGGGGCUGGGCUCUACUCUGCAGCAUCGAGUAGCUACGCAGGCAGCGAGUAUGAGACAUCGACGACUGGAGCGACGAGCGUCGAUCUCCUUGACUAUAUGAACGAUCGACUGUCGCAAGCGUAUAAUCCGCUGCCGAUGGACCAAAAUCUGGUGAAGCAGGCGCAAAUGUCUGGCGAGCUCAACGCGAAGAACCGUGAAAUCUUAGCUUUGCAGGCACAAGCUCGAGCGCGACUUGCCAAGACCCGAGCGAACUUCGCGGAGGACAUGCGAGCAGCGAAGGAUGUCCAGCGAGAUCUGGAGUGGACGCAGAACAAAGUUCACGCUCUCAACGCACGAGCAGCGAGGAAAUAUCCCGACCAAUACCGAGCUGCCAACGCUCGAUACCCAGCGCCGGUCGACUACGAGUGA